CUAAUACAUCAAUGUGUCAUAUGGUAUCUCAAUAUAAACAUUAUUUAAAUUUAAAAAUAUUUUUUUUAUUUUAAUAAUUUUAUUUUUAUUAAUUUUUCAAUUUAAUCCUUUAAUUUUUUUUUUGUUUCCUGGUUUCAAUGUUUCAAGAAUUUUCAUAUACAUAAUUAAUUAUACCGUGGUUGUUAUUUUAUAUUGUUCAUAAUUCUAUAAGUUUAAAAUUUUUUUAAAAUUUAAUAAUGCUAGAUAUACAGUAGUUAACUUAGGCUAGGAAGCCCUAUGAAGGCUAGAAGCUCGCAGGCUAGGUGAAAGGACUGGGCUGUUGCGCAGGGGUUUGAGUAUAUAAAGCCAGGGCACCGGGCCUUCAGCAUCAGUUCCACAACAACCACAAACACAACAACAAUGGCAGCUAAGUUAGCAGUGUUGGCGGUAGUACUGGGAGCAGUCAACGCCGGAAUCAUCGACAGCUAUGGCGGUUACGGAGGCUAUGGAGGAUACGGAGGUCACGGCUACAGCGGGCUGUCAAGUUCCUACGUCCACGCUCCAGUCGCUGUCGCCGCUCCAGUCGUCCACGCCCCAGUCGUCCACGCUCCAGUAGUUGCCAAGAAAGUCGUAGACUACGUUGAUGCUCAUCCAGAGUACAAAUUCGAAUAUGGAGUCCAUGAUGCCCACACUGGUGAUGUCAAGAGCCAAUCUGAAGUCAGGUCCGGAGAUGUCGUCAAGGGAUCUUAUUCCCUCGUCGAACCCGAUGGUUCCAAGAGGGUAGUUGAAUAUACCGCUGACCCACACAACGGAUUCAACGCUGUCGUACACAGGGAACACAACGCUCACCCACCUACCGUUGCCAAGGUUGCAGUGCCAGUCGUCCACAAGGCUGUUGUAGCCGCUCCAGCCAUCGCACUCUCCCACGGAUACAGCGGUGGAUACGGUGGAUACGAUGGACACUACUACGGUGGACAUUACUAAGUCAUCCAGUCUUUCAUCGCAUCACCAAGAUCAUUCAUCAUGAUGUAUAUACGCCUCAUUUUUUUAUACAAAUAAAUUUUAUAUAAGUCUUAC